AUGGAAGAGUUGAGGGAAAAGUAUCCAAACUAUGAAGAAAUGGAUAUAGAAGCUCUAGCUAGCGAAUUACCAUACCUCGACAAGGAUCUUGAGGAAAGUGAAACCCCUGAGGAGGCCCGGGAUAUUAACAAGGAAAUUAAUUACGUACUCGAACUGAGGAGGAGGAGAGAAGUACCGAGUGAAGACCCAUCGAGAGAGCAAUUAGCUGAGAAAUUCCCUGACCUAUCUAAUCUGUCAUACGAUGAUCUAAUGGAUAGGGGAGACAGACUGUUAAAUGAAUUAAUACUAUCCGAUUUGGAUGAAAACAGUUUCAAAGAAAAGUCGGAAGAACUGAGAUACGUCAGAAUGCUAUCAAAUGAUUACCAAAGAGAGUCAAACUUAAAUAGACUUCUCAACUUAAGAGAUAAAGUGAAAAAGAGGGAUCUCAUUAAACGGGAUGAUCGUAGGAGACUGCAGAGGCUCAGGUUAUGGGUAAGGGAGAAUGCAGGCAUCUUAUCAGCUGUUCUAAUUUCCUCAUCAGCUGUAAUCAUAGGACUGGUAGCUUCAACUAGAAACAUAUUAUGGAAAGUAGGUGACACAACAGGAAAACUCGAUAAGCGGAUAAGUGAGUUGGUAAACAACCAAAUAGAACUACCACCUGUAUUCCAGAAGAUAGCCGAUGGAGUAGAGCUAGCAGCGGAUAAUAUAUGGAUAAUCAUUGUUUGUGCAGCAGCAGUUUUAUUAUACCAAUACAACUAA